AUGGAUUCCAGAGUUACCACCGCAACCGUUCAGGCCACUGUGCUAAACGCAUUGUCCGGGGUAUUUGCUCAAGGCAUUUUGGCGUAUCGCAAAGGAGCUGUCGAUGAGAUUGAUUUCUCUUCCAUACUGCGCUUCAUCGUGUACACGGUGCUCACAACGCCUCCCAACUAUAGAUGGCAGGAAUUCCUGGAGCAAACGUUUCCAACCACAACAGAGCUAAAGGAAGACGUCCAAUCUUUAAAGGACAAGCCAUCUCCAUCUCCAUCUCAAGAUGCGGUGGCCGGUGGUAAGCUCAACGUCGCCAACACGGCAGCCAAGUUCUUCCUGGAUCAAGGACUUGGAGCACCAGUCAACACGCUCCUGUUCAUCUGCCUGAUGGGCCAGAUGAAUCUUCAGGGCUACGACGGCAUCCUGAGUAGCGUUGUAAGCGACUUCUGGCCCAUGUUGUUUGCGGGAUACCGAGUAUGGCCGAUUGUCUGCCUGCUGAACUUGGUCGUCGUGCCGUUCGAUUACCGACAGCUUGUUGGUAGCAUUGCUGGGCUUGGCUGGGGAGUGUUUCUUAGCCUCAGCCAGAUAAAAUAG